AUGAACGUAGCAGUUGUUGGGGCCAGCGGGAGCAUCGGAAUCCAUGCCGUCCCCGCCCUUCUGGCUGCCGAUUUUGUUGUGACUAUCGUCACGCACUCUAGCGAGGGAAAGCGUUUCCCACCGCAGGACGCCGUGCUCUGCCUUCUCGGCCACGCUGUCCUGGAUAGACAGGUCGAUGUCAUACAUGCCGCUGAGAAGGCUGGCGUGAAGAGGGUCAUCCCUAGCGACUUCGGUGUUCCGAAAGGGCCUAAUGAUGUUCCCGAGUACCGCGCCAUUCUGGGGAAGAAGGCGCAGGCUUUGAACCUUUUGAAGGAGAAGGCAGAGAAGAAUGACAACUUCACCUGGACAUCGUUCUUCAAUGGUCCUUUGCUUGAUAGGUCACUGGCGCUGUUCCCAGACUUUGGUUUUGAUCUAAAGCAACACUCGGCGACCAUCUACGACUCAGGCAAUGAACCCUUCACUGCGAUGAGCAUCGCCAAAAUCGGAAAGCCCAUCGCAGCUGUCUUCAAGCAUCCCGAGGAGACGAAGAACCGACACGUUAGCAUCGCUGCUCUGACUACGUCCCAGAGAAAGAUCCUUGCCGAGCUUGAGAAACAGACAAACACGAAAUGGGAGACCGCGACGGUCAGCACGGACGAGGCCAGACGAGAGGGGCGGAUCAAGCUGCAGGAUGGCGACUACAAGGGGGCAUAUGUUGCGUUCCUUGUCGCCCAGCUUUACCAGGAUGGAGCCGGGAGGUCUGUCUUGGACGGGGUGGAUAACGAUCUGCUGGGGGUCGAGCAGGAGAGUUUAAAGGACAUCGUCAAGGGUGCACUUACCUGGGCCUGA